AAUGAGAUUAAUAGAUAGAAAAGAAAGGGGUUAAAUACAGGGACCCAAAAGGAGGACGAAGGAAUGUGCUAUUCCACCAAACGAAAUACAUACCAAAAUAAAUAAAUAGAGAGAGACUAGAGAGAGCGUGGAGUUGGUCGGCGUGGGCGUUGGGGAUCAGUGAUCAGAGAGAAGGCGAAAGAGAAGGGGAUAAACCCCAAUUGAAAUUCCUUUUAACUGUAAAUAAAAUGGCAUCAACGGAGGGUCUGGUGCCCAUUACCAGAAGUUAUUUGUCUUCAUAUUACAAUAAGUACCCAUUUGCCCCUCUUUCCGAUGAAGUCGCUCUCCUUUCUUCUGAGAUUCGUUCUCUUGCCAAUGAUUUGCUCCAGGACUCUCCGCCCUCCCAGGAUGAGAGCUUGUUGAUUCAGGAAGCUGACCGUCAGCCUCCCCAUAAAAUCGAUGAGAAUAUGUGGAAGAAUCGGGAACAUAUGGAGGAAAUUCUUUUUUUACUAGAAAGAUCACAUUGGCCUGCUGUGCUUCAACAGCCAUCUACACCUGAUGAUGCCGAAUCAGCAAAUGUCUUAGAGCAGCUCAGUCAAAAAUUUCAAAAGACUUUAAAUGUGUUGAAGGAUUUCCAAUCUGUGAAUUCUGAUCGUAUAUUCAACACAGUUAUGACUUACAUGCCUCAAGAUUUCCGGGGAACACUGAUCAGGCAACAAAGAGAGCGAUCAGAGAGGAAUAAGCAAGCAGAGGUUGAUACUUUAAUUAAUUCAGGUGGAAGCAUACGUGACCGAUAUGCUCUUCUGUGGAAACAACAAAUGGAUAGGAGGAGACAGUUAGCUCAGCUUGGGUCUGCCACAGGUGUUUAUAAAACACUUGUAAAGUACUUGGUGGGAGUUCCACAGGUUUUACUGGAUUUUGUUCGACAAAUAAAUGAUGAUGAUGGGCCUAUGGAAGAGCAAAGACAACGUUAUGGAGCUCCUUUAUACAGUCUAACAGCAAUGGUGACCUUUAUCCGACUUUUUCUUUUGUUAGUGUGGGGGAGGUUCAAUGCUAAUAAACUAAAGAGGCAUCAGUUUGCUGUCCUGGAAGAAGCAGUUGAUGUUUACACCUCUGAAUUUGAAAGGUUCAUCAAAUUCAUUGGUGAGGUCUUUGCGAAUUCCCCUUUCUUUAUUUCAGCAGAGGUUGCAGGUGCACUAGAAACAGGGAAAAAUGAUGAGUACAAGGAAACAACUGUUCCAGCCGGGAAAAAUUAUGAGGUCUCUUUUAUGGUGGAUUCUGUAAACUCCUACAUUGCUUGGGAUUUUUCAUUGGUACAAGGCAAGAUUAAUAUGGAUAUUGGAUUUAGUUUGGAGUACACAAAUCCUUCUGGAGAGAAAACUCUGAUAUUACCUUACCGGCGUUAUGAGUCUGAUCAAGGCAACUUCUGUACUGUCAUGGUGGGGAACUACAAACUCAUUUGGGACAAUUCAUACUCAUCCUUUUUUAAAAAGGUCCUGCGCUACAAAGUGGACUGCAUACCUCCUGUGGUUGAGCCAGCGCAGUCUACAGCUGAAGUGGAAGGAUGAGAGAAGCUUUCCUUAUAUUCCUUGGAAAGCAGUGUAAUCUGAAGUGAUUAUUUUCAAUUAAUUUUUUUGUCAUUGCUUCUUCUGAGGUUGGUAUGAUUUAGAUGAAGAAUCUCAUAACCUGAAUGUUACAUAUGUAUAUUGCCUGGAAAUUAGUAUAAUCAAUUCUUGUUGUCACUC